CUCCAAAACACGGAAGCCAUCAUCACGCUUCAGAGCAAUAUGGCAGACUCCGUCAGCAGUGCGUGUAAACCUUCUGUGGAACGUACACCGUUGAAUGCUACGAGUUUUCAAAAGAAGACGAGGAACAAGUUAUUAAGCAUACCUGGUACAAGACUCUCGGUGCAAAAUGGACAGCUUCUAGUUUCGACCGGUGUCACGUCGCUCGACUAUUUGCUCGGUGGUGGCCUAGCAGUUGGAACAGUGCUUCUCAUAGAGGAGGACUAUUAUGAUAGCUACUCACGUAUGAUCCUAAAAUACUUCCUGGCAGAAGGAGUGGUGUGUCGACAUGAACUCUUCCUCGCCGCAGCUCAAGAUCACCCGAAUGACAUCUUUCAGGAACUACCAGAUCCCAUUUUAGACGACGUUGCCAUUCGCAAAUCAGCGGACCAGCCGAGAUUGUCUUGUGAGCCUCAGGAUGGUUUAGAUGCCAUGAAGAUUGCCUGGCGUUAUCAGAAUCUCCCAAAAGUACAGAGUGCUCUUGCAUCCUCGUCUCGGUUCGGCCACUACUAUGAUGUUUCCAAGACGAUGGAGCCAGAAAUCCGCCAGGCAGCCAAGUGCCACCACUUCUACCUUCCAGAGCAUCCCAGCCAGUCAUCAGCCACACACAGUCCCAUGCUUGAGUCCUACUCUGCAUUGCUGAAAUCCAUUGAAGAGGUCAUAUGCAGAGAGGGCUUUAAUGUGUCAGCAUCCAUGACAAAGUCACGGAACAUCCUGCGUAUCGGCCUUCACUCACUCGGCUCACCUCUAUGGGGUGAUGACCUGUGUUGCCGGGACGACCCGAAACACAGCCACGCCCUCACUACCUUUCUCUAUGGGCUCCGGGCUUUGUUGAGGUCAUCACUGUCAGUUGCAGUAGUUACUGUGCCUUCACAUCUCAUUCAGAGAAGAUCUCUAAUGGGCAGCAUAAUCAGGCUGUGUGACAAUGCCAUAGCCUUGGAAUCAUUCAAAGGCUCUGAGAGGAAGACCAGCCCACUCUGCAAAGAUUACCAUGGCCUGCUACACGUACGCCAGGUGCCUUACCUCAACUGUCUUGCUAGUCAACUGCCUGACCAUAAGGACUUGGCCUUUAAGAUCAAGAGGAAACAGUUCAGCAUUGAGCGACUACAUUUGCCUCCAGACUUGUCUGAGACGGUGAGUCGUGUGAGCAGGGCGGAACUGGCAGGUGCGGCCACGGUGGCUUCAGCCUGUGGCUCUGGCAACAAGCACCUGGAUUUCUAGAGCUGGAGCAGCUACCGGGCAAGCCACACCUGGAAUGCCUCCUGCCACAUCGACCUGCUUGUUCUCCCGCCCACAAAAUGCCAGGCCGCGCUAUACGGCUGCUGCCAAGCCGUUCGGGAUGUGCCAAUUGUCCCAGCCGGCCAAGGAUGCGGCACAGUUAACUCCAUUUGAUGGGCACGCUUCAUUUCAUAUUUUCGUAGUUGUGUGUGUUUAUUGACAAUAAAAGCCAACAUCAGG